AUAAGGACUUUAUAUGGAGCAGUAGUAGUCAUCCUUGCUUGAUAACAGGUGUAUUAUUUUUUUCUUAACUCCUGCAAUCCAUUCACCAAUGAUUAUCAAUUCAUCUUGAGACUGAGAAAGUUGUUAGAGAAUUUUUCGAUUUCUUCAUCACUCGAUUUCCCUGCCUUCUUUUGCUGCCGAUGUUUGCAUUCCCAUCACCAACAGUGAGCUCCGGUGUAACAAUGGUGAGGAGGAUGCAGGGCCAGGCAGUGUCUGGUGCUCGUGUCCAUAGGUCACUAUGAGGUGUAACUGACUGUGACCCAACCAGAACAAUUGACCUUGAAUUUCCUUUUGAGGCAAUCAAAGGGGCUUGGUCCGGAAAGGGCUGAGAGCCACCAAGGUACCGGUGCCGGCUCUACAUGGCGCUGAGAGGAGAAGACAGUCUGCAAAAUCUCCCUGGGUUCUUUUCGUGGGUCCCCUCACCCUCUUAGGCUGCUUGGCAGAGCCUGGCCUAUGAGAAGGAGAUCUGGAAGGAGAUUCUUGGGGGAGGGGUCCAGAACUUGGGUCCCCCGGUUAAUGGGUGAACGAGUUUGCAUAAGAGCUGGGCAAAGGUGAAAGGACGAUGCCCUGUCCCCAAUCCUUCAUCCCUUCGUUCCGCUUCAUUGAUACUCCCACCCCCUUCCCAGCCCUCCCCACUCCAGGCAGCUAACUCCACCCAAACUCUGACCUCUUCCCCUCUAUGUACUCUGGCUCGGGACAGCCAAGACAAGAGAGAGGCCAGGACAGCAUGAGUCGAUCACUCCCGCAUCUCAGCCAACUCUGCCCGGUGGGCUCCCAGGAUGCCUUGGCUCUCCGAUCAUCACCACCUGGUCUGAAGAGUCCCUCAUCCCCUUCUGGGGCCUCUCUGGGUGGGUCUCUUCCCUGGGGCCUCAGCUGUCUUCUGGCUGUGCAGCAUAUCCUGGUCCUGGCCUGCCUGCUCUGCGUCACUCACCUGCUCCUUCUCCACAGCCUCCUCCCAGGAGGACUCUCUUACUCCCCCGCCCAGCUCCUGGCCUCCAGCCUCUUUUCAAGUGGUGUGUCUACUGCCUUGCAAACCUGGAUGGGCAGCAGGCUACCUCUUGUCCAGGCUCCCUCCUUCGAGUUCCUGAUCCCUGCACUGGUGCUCACCAGCCAGAAGCUCCCUAUGGCCAUCCGGACACCUGGGAACUGUGAGCAUAGAGCAAGCACGUGGGCCUCCCUCGUGGUGCCCCGCCUGUGUGGGGGCCCUGGCUGCCAUAGCCCGGACCUCAGGAACGCUUCUCUCCGGGAGGUGUCCGGAGCAGUGGUGGUCGCCGGGCUGCUGCAGGGCACACUGGGGCUGUUGGGGGGCCCUGGCCGCUUGUUCCCUCACUGUGGGCCCCUGGUGCUGGCCCCAGGACUGGUUGUGGCGGGGCUCUCUGCCCACAGGGAGGUAGCUCUGUUUUGCUCCGCUCACUGGGGCCUGGCUUCGCUGCUUAUCCUGCUCAUGGUGGUCUGUUCUCAGCACCUGGGCUCCUGCCGGCUCCCUCUUUGCCCCUGGAGGCCAGCUGCAGCCUCUCUAACUCGAGCGCUCAGUCCUGCCUUCCGGCUCCUCUCGGUGCUGAUCCCUGUGGUCUGUGUGUGGGUCCUCUCUGCCCCGCUGGGUCUCAGCACUGGCUCCCUGGAGCUGUCUGCCCCACCGGAGGCACCGUGGUUCUGGCUGCCUCACCCCGGUGAGUGGGACUGGCCUUUGCUGACGCCCACAGCCCUGACCGCAGGCAUUUCCAUGGCCCUGGCAGCCUCCACCAGCUCCCUGUGUGGCUAUGCUCUGUGUAGCAGGCUCCUGCAUCUGCCGUCUCCCCCUUCACAUGCCUGCAGUCGAGGGCUGUGCCUAGAGGGUCUGGGCAGUGUGCUGGCUGGACUCCUCGGGAGUCCUAUGGGCACUGCAUCCAGCUUCCCCAACGUGGGCACAGUGAGUCUCACCCAGGCGGGGUCUCUGCGAGUAGCCCAUUUGGUGGGGAUUCUCUGCAUGGGGCUGGGGCUCUCCCCCAGACUGACUCAGCUCCUCACCGCCAUCCCACUGCCUGUGCUUGGCGGGGUGCUGGGGGUGACCCAGGCAGUGGUUUUGUCUACUGGAUUCUCCUGCUUCCACCUGGCUGAUAUUGACUCUGGCCGGAAUGUCUUCAUAGUCGGCUUUUCUAUCUUCAUGGCCCUGCUGUUGCCACGAUGGCUUCGGGAAGCCCCGGUCCUUCUCAUCACAGGCUGGAGGCCCUUGGAUGUGUUCCUGCGAUCACUGCUGACAGAGCCCAUCUUGCUGGCUGGACUCUUGGGCUUCCUCCUAGAGAACACCAUUCCUGGCACCCCGCUAGAGAGAGGCCUAGGUCAAGGUCAAGAGGUUCGGAUGCUUCAGACACCCAGAAAGAAGGCUGUUCAAGAGUAUGGGCUUCCUCUUCCCAUCCAAAGCUUGUGUGCCUGCCUCCCCCAGUCCCUUCGUUGCCUCUGCCCACUGCCUGAGGAUGUUGGGGAUAAGGAAGGAGAGCUCUCUGAUCCAGGAGAGACAGCAGACUUGCUGCCUGGUUUUGGGGAGCCAGAGUUUGGGCCUACCAGAGAUGGGUUGAAGUCCCAGUAAUUCCAGGAUGCCUACUUCUGUAUGGAUGGUUCAGUCUGCGGGGAGUCAGCUCCCAGGCUCUGCUUUCUCCUAGGGAGAAGGGUGUGUGGGCAUAUAACCUGGGCCCAUUUAAAGACCCCAUUUUCCUCUAGGUGUGUGUCUCUUUUUCUCUGAAUCAGGACUAACCGGUCCACAACUUUCUCCCUGGGAGCAGCUAGCGGGUUCCAACGUCUUACGAAUGAAUGAAUGACAUGUUGCCUCUACAUUCUCAAUGCCACUUAAAUUCCAGAAUCCUGUUGACCAAUAUUUAUUGAGUGCCUCCCACAUGCAAGGUCCUAGAACUACAGUUAAGGACAAUGCAGGGUCCCUCUCCACUCAAAGACACCUAGAAACCCCUGCCUUCUGCUUUGCAUUUUGGUGAAUCAGUCUAUAAUAAAGAUGAAAACAACUCUUUGUUGUCCAAGCAAA